CGCUCGCCGCGGUGCCCGCAGCCCGAGCCGCAUGACGCGCGCAGGAGGCAGCGCCCGCGAGGCCCCCGCGCGCCCCCGCCGCCCCCGUGUGGCCGCCGCCGCCGCAGCCGCCGCGCUGUCCCCGGAGAGGCCCGCGGCGGGCGGAGCGGGAGCGGGAGCGGGGCCGGGGCCAGGGCUGCCGGGCGCGCGCGGGCGGCGGGGGCGGAGGCGGCCGGGUCCGCGCGUCCGGGGCGCGCUGCAGGGCGCGCGGGGCAUGGAGCCCGGGCUGCGCGGGGCGCUGCUGCUGCUGCUGCGCCUGGGCCAGCUCCUGUGCCCAGGCCAGGCCCUCGCUUCCUCUCAGAGCUCCCCAGCAACCACAACAGAGACGACUUCCUUGCGGGGCAGCCCAGGGACCUUUGACAACAUCACCAGCCUGGGGCCAGCUGGUGACCUCGGGGCCACUUGGCCCACCUCCAGUGGCCCCGGGUCCUGGACCACUGGUCCUGCCACGCCCACAGCAACGACACAGGGCGGCUUCCAGGAGACCUCGCCCGAGGCAGGAGGUCCAGCUGUGAAAAACCUUGAAGUGCUUUCCGUCGGUCCAACCAGUGUGGUCCUAAGUUGGAAACAUGAAGACCAAGCCACUUCUGCGUUCUGGUACAGCAUAAAGGAUGAGACAAGCAGAGAAUGGGUCACUCAGCCAGUGCAGCAAACACAGUACAACAUCACAGGCUUGAGUCCGGCGACACCAUAUAGGUUCUCUGUAUCUCUAGGAAGGAACAAGACCUUGGCAGAGGCCGCUUUCAUCAAUGUCACAACGGAGCCUCUUCCGGUGUCUGGUCUGAGCGUGGCCUUCAUGGGGGAGACACAGGUUGUCCUUAUCUGGGGCAGUGACAAUGGCACCGCGUCCUGCAGGCUGUUUCUUGAAAGUCACGAGAUGCGGAUCAACAUUUCAGACCUGAAGCCUAGGUUUCGGCAAGUCCUUCUUCGUCCACAACCCAGCAAGACACAGAGUGAAAGGAGCUCAGAUGCUGGUGGUACAGUGAGCAGCACUUCGGAGAGCCCGGGCUUGGGUUGGAUCUGGAAACCUCUUGAAAAUGCAGGCCCAGCCCUUGGCCAGGAGAACCAAGACACAGAAGUUCUGAUCAGCGGGUUAAAGACAAAUGUGCAGUACAAAGCCACUGUUUACCCUCGGGCGGCAGACGGCACAGAGGGAUGGCCCAGCAGCUUGGAGUUCAGAACAAAUUCCGAGCAGGUGAUUGACAUCAAACCUGUGAACGUCAGUGCCACGAGCCUCAGCCUGACCUGGACAGUGAGACACAACGGGUCGUCCUCUGCCUAUACCUAUGAGAUCCACGUGGCUGGGCACGAUAAGUCCCUCACCCUUAGUGUCAAUGAGACUUACGCCAACAUCAGUGGCCUCCGCUCGAGCACCCUGUACAACAUCACAGUGCGUCCUUUCCUGGGAGAAGUGGAGGGCACACCAGGUUUCCUCCAGGUGUACACUUCUCCUUUUCCAGUCUCUGACUUCCAAGUGACAAGUGUGGGCAUGAGGGAAAUUGGCUUGGCAUGGAACAGCAGCGACUCAGAGUCCUUUAUAAUUGACACAACCCAGGAAAUGUCUGGAGAAUGUCACAGCAAUGUGACCAGCGACCUGCAGAUUCUCAUUGGGGGCUUAAGGCCUGCAACCAACUACCAUUUUAAAAUAGUUCCACAAGGACCCAACGGGACUAAAGGGGAGCCCACAACCAUUCACAGUCGGACUGCCUCCAGUGCAGUUUCUAACAUCAUCGUAGUUAAUGUCACCAGCACAGAGAUGGCGCUGGAGUGGCAAAACACAGACCAUGCCGCUAAAUACGUCUACCACGUGCGGAUCCAGUCUGCCAAUGGCUCGAGGGAAACAAACAGCUCUCAGGAGGCAAUCUUGCUGUCGGACCUCUGCCCGGGCACCCCCUAUAACAUCUCCAUCUCUCCUGUGCUGGACCAGGUCUGGGGGAACUCCAGCAGCAUCGUGCAGUACACUCGGCCCAGCAGUGUGUCUGACAUUGAAGUAAGUGCCAACGCUACGGCGGCCUACCUGAAAUGGGAGAGCCUGGAUACAGCCUCUCCUACCUACUCCUACCACCUUCUUAUCAAGGAGGAUGGGGAUGGUGGCAGCACCACACAGAACAUCACUGUCACUGGAGUCACGCAUGACACAAUCCUUGGAUUAGUACCGGGCUCAUCUUACACUGUGGAGAUCUUUGCAGAAGUCGGGGGUGUUGAGUCCCUGGUUCCCAGCUGGAAGAACUUCUGCACAGAGUCUGCCCCUGUGGUCUCCUUUCAUUGUCACACGGUUCCCCGGAACUCCAGCUUGGUCCUGACAUGGAGCCGCCCUCCUGGCAACCAUAUCAGCUUCCAGCUGGGGCUCAGCAGUGGGACCUCGGUUAAUACAGUGUAUCACCUGGAGGGCUGCUGCCCAGAUAACAGCACCGACUGUAGGACCGAAGUCCCGAGUUUGAAUUACUCCACAUGGUACAACAUCAGCAUUGCUACGGAGUCCUGCGGGGCCACAGCGGCUGCCGCCCAAAACACCUGCCUCACGGGCAUCACAGAACCUCCUGCCCCCGACGGUCCCCCGAGCAUCACAUCAAUCACCCACAACUCGGUCAGAGUCCAGUUUAGCGGGUUUGAAGCCAGCCACGGCCCCAUCAGAGCCUACGCCGUCGUCCUCAGCACUGGAGAGGCCAACCGCCCUACUCCAGAUGUUCUGAGAUACACCUAUGCCGAUUUCAAAAAGGGCACCUCAAAAACCUAUGUGACAUACCUCAUAUGCACGGAGGACGAGGUGCCGUCCCAGCGCUCAACCAGAACCUUGAAAUACGAGAUUGAAGUCGGCAAUGAGUCCAUCACGGAGGGCUACCACAAUGGCAAACUGGAACCACUGGGCUCCUACCGGGUCUGUGUGGCUGGCUUCACCAACAUCAGCUUCAGCCUUCAGCAUGACAGACUCAUCAAUGGGGCUGAGAGCUACGUGUCCUUCAGCCCCUACUCGAAGGCUGUGUUCUUGCCUCAGGACCCAGGUGUCAUCUGUGGAGCUGUGUUUGGAUGCAUCUUUGGUGCCCUGGUCAUUGUGGCUGUGGGAGGCUUCAUCUUCUGGAGAAAGAAAAGGAAAGAUGCAAAGAACAGUGACGUGUCCUUUUCCCAAAUUAAACCUAAAAAGUCCAAGUUGAUCAGAGUGGAGAAUUUUGAGGCUUAUUUUAAGAAGCAGCAGGCUGAUUCCAACUGCGGGUUUGCGGAGGAGUAUGAAGAUCUGAAGCUGGUUGGAAUCAGUUUGCCUAAAUACGCUGCCGAGCUGGCUGAGAACAGAGGGAAGAAUCGCUACAACAAUGUCCUGCCCUAUGAUACUUCUCGUGUCAAGCUUUCAGUCCAGACCCAUUCCACAGACGACUACAUCAAUGCCAACUACAUGCCUGGCUACCAUUCCAAGAGAGAUUUUAUUGCCACACAAGGGCCUUUGGUCAAUACUUUGAAAGAUUUUUGGCGUAUGGUCUGGGAGAAAAAUGUAUAUGCCAUUGUUAUGUUGACCAAAUGUGUUGAACAGGGAAGGACCAAAUGUGAAGAGUACUGGCCUUCUAAGCAGGCCCAGGACUACGGGGACAUAACUGUGGCAAUGAUAGCAGAAAUUGUUCUCCCAGAGUGGACCAUCAGAGAUUUCACAGUGAAAAAUGUACAGACAAGUGACAGUCACCGGCUGAGACAGUUCCAUUUCACCUCUUGGCCGGACCACGGUGUCCCCGACACCACAGACCUGCUCAUCAACUUCCGGUACCUGGUUCGGGACUACAUGAAGCAGAGUCCUCCGGAGUCCCCGAUUCUGGUGCACUGCAGCGCUGGCGUUGGCAGGACGGGCACUUUCAUUGCUAUUGAUCGUCUCAUCUAUCAGAUCGAGAACGAGAACACUGUGGAUGUGUAUGGCAUUGUGUAUGACCUCCGCAUGCAUCGCCCCCUCAUGGUGCAGACCGAGGAUCAGUAUGUUUUCCUAAACCAGUGUGUCUUGGAUAUAGUCCGAUCACAGAGAGACUCCAAAGUGGAUCUCAUCUACCAGAAUACCACUGCAAUGACCAUCUAUGAGAACCUGGAGCCGGGAGGCAUGUUCGGAAAGACCAAUGGUUACAUCGCCUGAGUCCAAAGCAGAGGCCCUGGAGGGCAGCCGGACAUCACCCCCACAGCCACGGAGAAUGCCCUGGUCCACCUGUUUUCCUGUGUCUCAAAUCUCAGUUCUCUGUUGUGUUCUGCUAGGAGCCGGCUGUGGGCAGGGUGUGAAGCCGAGCUGGUGAAACCUGGCAGCCACAAGGUGCAGCUGGGGCCGUGGGCUGUGGUGGGGGCGGGGAGUCAAUCGCUCACAUUCCUCAUGACCAAUGGGAAGAGUUCAUUUGCCAUUUUCCUUGGAAUUUGUGGAAAACCAGAAAAAGUGAGCUAGGAUUUUUUUUUCCAAAACAGGUUUAAAAAAAAAAAAAACAGCAAGACAUUUUUCUGUGAUUCACAUGCUUCUGCCAGGAUUGUGUUGGGUUGAAUAUAUUUUAAGUAUCAGAGGUCUAUUUUUACCCACUGUGUCUUGGGAUUGAGCUGAUGGAAAACACACAAUUGCAGGCGGUUCUUGUGUCAGGAGGGGUAGAGUGGCGCCUCUUCCGGUUGGGUUUUCUAUUUGAACAUGUGCCUUUUCUGAAUUAUGCUUCCACAGGCAAAACUCAGUAGAUUUCUCUAUUUUUGUACUGAAUCUCAUAAUUGGAAUAUACGGAAUAUUUAAACAGUAGCUUAGCAGGGAGAUUCACCUUGUAACAUUCCGGUUUUCACUGAUGAGAAGAGACCCCUGCCUUGCCCCUCCCAGUUUCCUGCGGUUCCAGCCCGUUGAUUGGCUGAGAAUGGAAACUACGUAUAUCACGGCCUCCCUGCGGGUGGGCGUGGCGUGCCCGGGGAGUCCUCGGUGACAAAACUCCUGUCCUCCUUCCUGUCUUCUUCCUUUUCUCCUUUCUGUCUUUGGUAAAAAGGAUUAUUUAAAGGUGCAAUAUGUGACUUGUGAUUCCUGAUGCUCUGGGUUUCUAGUAACGUUUUACUCAGGUUGGGAUUUUUAAUGUGUGUCUGUGUGUCCGUGUACAUGUGUGCGUGUGUGUGCGUUUUGAAAAGCGUGGCAAUCUGUGAACACUUCAGUGUGAACUCAGUGUCAGAUGAACCCUCCUUCCCCGAAGUCCACUGGCUUUAGUCUUUGUCUGCAGUGACACACAUUGGUAUCUGCUGUAUAUAUAAAUCCCAAACCCCUACAUCAGUCAUUCCUAGGAAUUGAGGUGUACAAAGUUUGAUUUGUAUUAAAGAUGUAAUUAUUAUUUUUAAAACCUCUUUUCACUCUACUGCUGCUGUAAUUACUUUGAUUUUUUAAAAAAUGUAGAUUAUUAUUAUUUUUUUUGGCUUCAGGUUGUGUAUUCACCAAGGAUAUCAGAAUUUAUAUGGAUGUAUUUUAUUGGUACCUAAUCUGUAAACUUGGCAAGGCAUUAACAUGAAAGGAUUGGUUUCUUUUCUUUUAUGCUGUGGCUCAGGUUAUGUGGAAGAUGUUUUGAGUUUCUUCUUCAAUAGGCAAUGAAGUAUCCAUGGUCAGAUGAAGGAAUCACCAAGUCCCGGAGCCCUGUGGCCGCUUUCCGCUCAGGACUCAGGUUUCCUGUUUAAACAGGCUGGGGGGCCUUUGGUGGCCUGGUCCCUGUGGGCCCCAGUGGGCCUCUGUCCUGUCCGGAUGCUGCUGGGCUCUGCACUUCCCCUGCACUUUGAUGACAGCCCAGAGGUGUUAAUGGGUACAUGAGGGCUCUGAAGGGUGUACUGCAAUGGACCUCAGGCCCUAAAAUUGUUCCCAUUUCGUGCUGUCUCUGACCCCCGCCCCUGCCCCUUGGAGGUACUGAAAGGAUUAAAAGGAGGGAUCGUGGCAGCGUCAUAUUUGGUGGAGAAUUUUACUUCUCAAAUGGAAAUUGCACUUUCUGCAAAUCCUUUGCAUUUGUUAGUGUUAAGAGGUUCACUCUGUUUCAGCUCCUUCCAGGAAUGAGUGGGUGGGCCCAGCUGGCUUGGGUUCCCAGGCUGGCCUGUAGGAAUCAGGCUUUGGGCAGGUUGCGCCCCACUCAGGCAGACUGAGGGACUCUGGAGCCUCCCCUCAGCUCCCUGUGAGCCACGCUCCUCCCAUUUGUCAGGAACCCCCUGGGAGGGAGCAUCCUCAGCCUUCCUCCCUUGUCACUGACCUGGAGAAUCAGAGGAAAGGCUUCACCCCUUCAAAAGAGUAAAGCAACAUAAUUGUAAACAUACUGUAUAAAUAUGCGGGCUGGAUGUAGCGGCGUCUGAGGCAGGAGGAUCUCUGUGAGUUUGAGGCCAGCCUGGACUACAUAGUGAAUUCAAGGCAGCCUGCACUGCGUAGUGAGACUGUCUUAAAAAAAAACAAAAACACAAAACCAGGAACCCUCCUCCCUUUUGCCUGGGCUGGGCUUGGGAAGUAUUCAGGCAGCUGCUGCAGUGAGCCCCCUGAGUCAUCGUCAGUCCCGGAGGAGGGCCGCAGUGAGGAGGACUGGAAUUCACUGGGAAGGUCACACGAAGGCCGAGAUGCUCCUGAGAGGCCUCAGGAUGGGCUCUGGGGCUGGUAGGUUAUUUGUAACACAGCCCCUGGAAAGGGAAGAUUCGUUUAAAUGAGAGAACACCAGGCUGGGCAAGACAAGGGCACCACUGGGCUCUGCUGGCCCUCCCAAGAUUGGUGACUGGACACGGGAAACCUCUGGUGGCCCCACCGAGGUGGUGCAGGCUCCAUGCAGCGAAGCAGCCAGUGAGGGCUUCGAGUUCCACGAAGUGCAUCUGGGCAGUGGCUUCCUGUCCCAAGAACAAAGAUUGUCUGUCUCCAAAGCUGAGUCUCGUGACCGAGGGCACCGGCCAACAGGGCUGGCAACUGCUCCCCAGGGUCACCUUGUGACUCCAGCAUUGACCUGGCCCCCGUUGCUGCCACUGGAUUUGUGCAGUGAGAGGCUCUGGGAGUCGGGGUGGGUCACCGAGGCUGAGGAUUCCUAUUUUUUUAUUUUCAUUGGGAAUGAAAAAGUUGUUUUCUUUUGCCAUGCUUAAUGGCUCUUGCUGAGCUCAGCAGGUCUGGAGAGCGGAUGUGGAUUUAGCUCAGCAGUGCGGGUUCUGAGUUUGCAGACUACUGGGGGCCGUGGCCUGUCUAAGUAUGCAGCUUGUUCCCCCUGGAGGGGGCCAUAUCACUAGGAUGUGUUGAUGUGGACUUUAAAUUGUAAUUUUCUUGUAACUAUUUUGGAAUGAUGCAUAUUUCUAAUGUUUGUUAUACUUGUACAGAGUAUAGCUGUGAGUUGCUUUUCUUUUUUUUUUUUUUUUAAAGGAAAAAAUGGCCUGGAAAAAAUUUUUAUAAAAAAAGACUUCCAAAUACCAAAUAUAAAAACUGUUGACACAA